AGAACAGUCUGAGGGCGGAGAAGUGUUAUAAACAUUUAGGGACAUUGAAACAAAUUAAUAUUAAUCAUGGCGGAAGGAACUACUUUGCAGUGUGAGGCUGUCUAUACAAGGCCUGGCAGCAGACAGCAGGACUUAGUGGCCAACUGCUCAUCAUUGUUCAUAGGCUUUGCAGAGAAGGAUGGCACACAACAGUGACUUGUAUCCAGGAAAAGAGGACAAGGGGCAAGUCUCUCCCCACCGUAGCUUCUUGGAGGACUUCUACUUGUCCACCGGCAGCUCCUCAGACAGUGGCGAGGACCAACCCUGCCUGGCCUCGUGCAGGAAAACCCCUCUUGUGCUGCAGGGCCCUACAGUUUGCACCACCACCACCACUACUACCGCCACCACCGCCGCCACCACCAGGGACACUCCAUUCAAUACCAAGCCGUGGAGUGAGAAGGACAUCACUUACCUGCUGGAGGGGAUGCGCAGGCAGCUCCCGAGGGUGGACAACAAGAGCUGCCUGCACACCGCCAAGAAGAUAAGCUGGGAGGACGUGACGUUUGAUUUCUACACUGCCGAUGACUGCAGGAAGACCUUUGAGUUCCUUCUGAGUAACAUCAAGCUGGUGAAGACAAUGACAGCUGUAAUCAUUGAGCUACAGGAGAAGGUGUCAAGAGGAAGUUUGAAGGCGAGUCUUAUCCUGCAGCCACGCCAGCAGUUUGUGAGAGACUUCGCCAAGAAAAAUAAAGGGUUGGUCGCCGGGGUUGACUUAUUUACCGCAAGUGCCGAGGCAUGGAGGAACCUGCCGGAGGAGGACAAGGAACAGUACAGGAGGGAAUACAUAGCAGCCAAAGAGAGGGAAAUUGCUAGCAUGACUGUUGACGAGCCUCCUGUGCGGCCCAAGAUUCCCUUUGAGCUGUACUAUGAGGAGCUGUGUAAGAAGAAGGGCAAGAAGAACCUGGACCUGAAGGCUGUAGCAAGGCAGAAAUACAGAGAUUUGGACCCUAAGAAGAAGCUGAAGUAUAUUGCUAUGUCCGCCACUGAGCUGUACACUUUUGAGCUACAGGCAGCCAAACACCUGGUGCAGCAGCCAGAGUGGGUUGUACCAGCACAGCGUGGGCCCAGCAGAGAGGACAGCGAGAUGUACCUGAGGUCACUAGGUAUGCCAUGUCGUCCUCCAAACACAGCCAGCAUCCUCUACUACCACCAGAAGACGAAGGAGGGGAAGUUUGACAGCAUUCACCGGAGCAUGCGUUUUUUCCAUGCCAUCGACCAGUUCAGGAAAUUGUCCGACCACAAGAAGAGGAAAUAUCGAGAAGAACACAAGCAGAUGGUCCAAGAAUACUCAAGGGAAUACGAGAAUUGGAGGAAGAAUCAAAAUGAAGUUGUACGGAGCCUUGCUGACCGACUGUUUGGCAAGAAGCAAGUAUUACCCUCAGGCACACUCUGUCGGCUCCAGGAAUCCUCCCAGGUGAAAGAGGAAGCAGCACCUACAGAAAGCAAGCUGGACAGAAGUGACUCUCUGUACUGGGAGGCGAAGAUGCCCUGCUGCCACCACCACAGGGGACACCACACUGACAAGGACCACCUUGCAGAAUCCCCAGUGAACAAGAACCCCUGCAGUGACCUUCCGUCGCCCGACAUGAAGAAACUGCGGCAGAUAUGUAAGCAGGAGGUGUUCUUCAACGUGGAGCAGCCGCUGGAAGCACUUAUGGAGAAAAUAACGCUCAUGCUAAGAGGUUACGAGUUUCUACCCAGCAAGGUGAGGCAGAAGUUUGAUGAGUCAUUCAAGAAGUGGAAGUACUCCCUGCAGGCCUCUAUCAUCGUGGACGUAAGGCGGAUGGAUGCAUACCACCAGCAGGAGUUCCUCGGAAGGUACCGGGAUGUGUGUAAGCGUUUCUUCAAGCACGACAUUUUCAGGUCUGCCUUCCCCGCCGACAGGUAAACACAGGGGAGAGGUGUGCUGGAGGUAGGCAGGGGAUGUGAAUGUGUUAGAUAAGGUGAGGUAAACUUAGUAAAGGUGAAACUAUAUAUUUUUAAGCUUUUUAGCAUUGCAUCUUAAGUUUCUUGUUUUAUAAUGACAGGUAAACAGAAGGAAGACUUGUUUUAGAGGUAACCAGGAGGAUGAGUUGUGUUAAAUAAAAUGAGGUUAAGUUAGUAAAAGUGAUAAUACUCUCUAGCAUCACAUCUUUGGUUUCUUAUUCUAUAGUUGCAUUAGAGAUAGACAUAAGGGAGAGAUAUAGAAGUAACCAGAGGGAAUGUUUGUCUUAGGCAUUGAGCAGUGCUGUCGGUUUAUAAAUGUAAAGGUGACGAAACUCCUUACUGUCACAUCUUUGGUUCCUUGUUCAUUACUGACAGGUAAACAAAAAGGAGGACUUGCAUUACAGGUAGGCAGAGGGAACAAUUAUGCAUUACUAAGACUGUGUAGUUAAGUUAAUACUUCACAUGUAAAGAUGGUAAUACCUUUUCAAUCAUCUCUAUCUUCCCUACUGAAGACUUAACAUAGGGAAGACUUGCAGUAGAGGUAACCAUUUGGCCCAAUGUGUUCUGCAUUACUUAAGCAGUACAGAGGGGGUCUAGAAGUUAAAAAAACAAUAAAAAAAUAACAAUACCAAUAAAAA